AUGCGCCGACGACUGAAGUGUGUCCACAGGGGUCCCGACUCGGGCAGCCCCUACAAGAUCCCCAACGUGGCGGGGGAAGAUUCAGAAUCCGGCACAUGGUCAGCAUGGGGUCUCUCCCCGCGUGAGUGGGGGGAGGUGCAGUCGGAGCUUCGCGCGGAAACGCCGUCGGCCAGCAAGGAGUCCGGCCUACAGAGAAGCGCUGCGCGGAGAAGCCCGGGACCGGUCGAGGUGUGCGGAACUGAGCCCUCCCCUCCCGCGCGGGCAUAUACUCGCGCAGCGUCGGCGCGCGCAGAGGAGCCACCUGGCCAGGGUCCGCGGCGAAGGGAGGUCCGUUGGUCACCUCAAUGUGUACGUGAGUCGGCUCCCCGCUCGCCCGCGCCUGCCGCACCACUUCCGCAAACGCAUUCGUGGCCCGAUCGAGGGCAGGAUCCUGCCCGCGAUCAGUACCCCCACGCCCACCGCCAUUCCGCCGGCCCCGCCGACCUCCGGAACCAGCCGAAUGCAGACGCGGAGGAGACUGCUCGCGACGGCCCGAAUCCCAGCGACGUCCAGGCGACCCCCUUCCCCGCGUCGCCGGAGAUCGCCGCGGAGAGCGUUGCGCGGGGGAUCGCGCUCGGGGUGAGCGCUGGCCUGCCCGACCUCGAGGAGAUGGGCGGCGAGGAGAGCGAUGACGCGCAGGGGACCGCUGAUCGCCCUCCCUGCGCUGAGGAGGUUCGCGAUGCUCAGGAGAUGGGCGGCGAGGAGAGGGCUGCCGAGGAGGCUGACGCGGAGGCGAGCGCCCGCGCUCCUGCCGCGGCUGACCGUCCGGGCGGUUCGACGCAACACGUGCAGGGGCCCACGAAUACUCCGGCGAGGUGGGGCGCGCGGCAGGCCGAUGGGGAAGAGUUUGCACUCGCUCGAAGCGGCGGACGGGCUCGCUUGCGGAGGGGUGCGCAGGGACGCGCGGACGAAGCCCGGCAGGCGCAAGCUCCGGCAGCGCGCUCUCUGCGGAACCCUCCAGCUCCGGAUCACGUCUCGCGGAUGGGUCCAUCACCCCCGACAGCACCGCAGCCGACGCCAGCGCGCCGACAAGUUGAGGACGAGGUGGUCGAGGAGCCCCAGACAGGACGCACGGGAGCUGCAGGAGGAAGAGGAACGCGGGGAAUCCGCGUGGGACGCGGCAGCAGCCGCCGCGGACGCCGUGGGAACGGGAGAGGACGGAGAGGUGGAGGAGCGCGCGGCCCAAAUCGGCGCCGCACCGGCGCAAGCGGUUACGCGAGAACUGCUGAAAGGCUAAUGGGUGAAGGCGUGGAAGGCGGCGAGGAGGAGCCCAGCGAGGAAGCAGAGGACGAAGUCGAGAAUGAAGAAAGCGAAGGGGGUGACCCUGCUUUUAACCCAGAAAGGGAGGGGAUGUUGGAAGCAGAGGCCGAGGAGGACGAGGAAGAGGUGGAGCUGCUGCUUCGGGGAGCGGAGUUCCCAAACCAGCAGGCCCGAGGCGAACCUGCAAACCGAACCACAGUCCCCACCGGGUUGGAAGUUACUGACCUUUCUCCCGCGCAUACUCCUUCGCACCUCGUCAGCCCGUAA